GUAAGCUACAGCGCACGUGUCUAAUUUAUAUUGUCAAAUUACAUUUAAUUGAAUUUUUUUAAGAAAACACGACAAUAAUAGUAAAUUUUCAGAUAUAAUAAUGGUGUAUGUAAAAGAUUUUGAAGAUUUUGAAAUAGCAGCUAGCCAAAUGUAUAUGGAAAAGCCACAAUCUUGUCGGUAUACAAUGAAAUAUAUUCAUUCCAAAGGUUGCCUAUUACUAAAAGUUACUGAUAAUGUUAAGUGCUUGCAAUAUAAAGCUGAACAUGUACCAGAUUUGAAAAAGGUUGAAAAAUUUACUAGCAAUCUUAUGGGACAUAUGGCAUCAAAGGAAUAAAUUUUAUCUUAUAAUUAAAAACUCACCCCCUACUAUAAUACUAGCGCAUUUCAAUUUGUUAUUUUUUAUUCUAAGCUAUAGUUUUUAAAAUUGUAAAAUUUAAAUAAUUCGAGUAUUUGAAAAUUUUGAAAUUUAAUAUAUAAGAAAUAUGCAUCUUUA